AUUUCGGAUAAACUUUAGAGUUUAGGUGAAUAAUGCGAUUCAUAAAUAAAUCUAAUAAUAACAACAUAAAACAAAUGUGGUUUUUAUUUUUAUUAGAGAAUCAUACUAAUAAUUCAACGAUAGUCUUAUUUGGGUGAUAGGAAAUAGUCUCCCUUAAUUUGAAGAGAUAGGAAAAAUCCGUGGAUAAGAAUGGAUGGUGGUUUGAACCCUAGUGCUCAUGAAUCCGAAUUCAAACCACUCCAUUUUUAUUAAUAUUUAACGGUAUGGAUUCACUCUUCAGUAACCUAAGAAGCAUCCUUUGCUCUCUAGUGACACCGUAAUGUUUUACAUAAAACUAACUUUGACAUUUGGCUUCGAAUUCUUGUGGAUACCCCCAUGGAAUGGAAUUCAGUAAUGAAAACGCUCUUCUUUUUCCCUCUUCCCUUCUAACCCAUCCCCUACUUCUGGCCCAAAGACCAACCAUUAACAGGUUGUUCAGUUUGGUUUGGCUCUGAAAAACAUAUUCCAAGGUAGACUUGGGUGGCCGCAAUAUCUGAAUUUUCGUUUCAUAAAUCCAUUCACACCAGCGUCCCAAUAAGGCUUGGUUAUGUCUGGACCAUUUUCCUGAACGUUUCAAACAAGCUGCAAAUAAUGCUUGAUAUCAGAAAUAGUACUCGGGUUUGUCUGCACGCGAGUCAAACGCGGAGCAAUUAAAACGACACUUGCCCUUCUAAUGCAAUCCAAGUGUCGAACCCCACAUUCCUGGUCUUCCAAUCCUUCUUAGUCAAGCCUUUUUGGGUGCACAUUCUGUGGUCAGUUAUCGUUAUUGAAGCACCAAGGAAAUAAAUAGUAAUACUAUAUGAAAACGCUCAAGUGAGAGAAGUUGGGUCAUCUUCAAAUGGCUGAUGUCAUGCCCUUGUUGAUUUUGCUGCUUCUCUCGCAAUUCUUGAUUCUUCACUCAGCUGAACCUUGCCCAGUUAGCUUCCAGUGCGGAAAUCUUCUUGGUGACUUAAAAUUCCCAUACACUGAAGAGAGUCGCCCGGCGUGCGGGUUGUUUGUAGUUAAGGAUUGCAAUGGAACCAAUCCGAGUGUGCAGCUAGACCGGGUAGGACAAUGGUAUCGAAUUCAUAAAAUCUCCCAAGCCGACACCCUUACCAUUUACGACGAAAGCCUUGUUCAGCAACUGAGGAACAGGGAUUGUAGUCGUCUGUCCAUGAAGAAUUUUUUACCCCAUCUUCCGUAUGUCACUUUCGGCCCAAUUGCCUUGUGUACAUGCAAAACCGCUUUGAAUGCUAGUUUUCUAGAACAAGUGCAACUCAACCACACUGCCUGCAACAAUUAUACCAUAUACUAUCCUCCACCCGAGACAUGCAAAACUCAUAGAUUAUCAAGGCUUUGUCCUUGCUCCACUGUUCGGCUCCCUCUUACCAAUACUCCACCGAAAAACGGUACUCACUCGUUUAUUUUAUUAACUCCCUAUGUAUCUAUAAAAGUUAACGUAUCUAAGCCUUGUAAGGAGUGUCAUUGGGGUGGCGGUACCUGUCUAGGUAGGAACCGGAGGUUUUACUGUACCAAUGAUAUAUCCAAUUGGAAUGGCGAUACAUGUCUGGGUAGGAACCGGAGGCUUUACUGUACCAAAGGAACAAACACAUUGGGACUGAAGCUGGGACUAGGAAUUGGAGGCUCAGUCACAGUAAUGAUACUGAUAUUUUGCAUCUUUGUGGUCCGGCGUCGACCUGCCUCUUCAAACUUUCUCAGAGGAAAAUCUCCAUCCCAUCUCUCUUCAACAUCGGACCUUGAAAACAACGCUACUGUCUGCUUUGGACUUCCCAUCUUCUCCUAUACUGAACUUGUGGAAGCCACCAAUAAUUUUGACGAUGACAAAGUCCUCGGUGAUGGUGGCUUUGGGACUGUCUAUUUUGGGAAACUCCGAGAUGGGCGAGAAGUUGCAAUCAAGCGACUCUACCAACACAACUACAGACGCCACGAACAGUUCAUGAACGAAGUCAAAAUCUUGACCCGCUUGCGCCACAAAAAUCUGGUCUCUCUCUAUGGUUGCACUUCGCGCCGUAGCCGCGAACUUAUCCUUGUUUAUGAGUUUGUUCCUAAUGGCACCGUUGCCGAUCAUCUCCAUGGUGAUCAUGCACAGUCCGGUUUGCCUGCAUGGCCUGUUCGAAUGAGCAUCGCAAUAGAAACCGCAACUGCAUUAGCUUAUCUCCAUGCCUCUGAUAUCAUACACCGUGAUGUUAAGACUAACAACAUUCUCCUAGAUGAAAAUUUUUCUGUCAAAGUAGCAGAUUUCGGGCUUUCUCGUUUGUUCCCCAAUGAUGUCACCCAUAUCUCCACUGCUCCACAAGGGACCCCUGGCUACGUUGACCCGGAAUAUCACCAAUGUUACCAGCUUACUGAAAAAAGCGAUGUUUAUAGCUUUGGGGUCGUUCUCAUUGAACUCAUAUCAUCAAUGCCUGCUGUUGAUAUCAACAGGCAUAGGCAUGAAAUCAAUUUGGCAAAUUUAGCAAUUAGCAAGAUUCAAAAGUGUGCAUUUGAUGAGUUGAUUGACCCUAAUCUUGGGUACAAAUCAUGUGAACAAGUUGCAAGGAUGACGACUUUGGUUGCAGAGUUGGCUUUUCGAUGUUUGCAGCAAGAGAAAGAACUGCGGCCUUCGAUGGAAGAGGUUUUGGAGGAACUACAGAGAAUAAAAAGUGAAGCUUACGAGUCGGAGAAUGUGCAACAGGAGGAACACUCUGAUAGUGAGGUGCCGAUGAGUGUAGGGCAGCCUCCUUCGCCGCCAAUCGGUGAUCAGAUUGUAUUAUUGAAAAAUAUCCAGCUGCCACCUUCUCCAGUUUCUGUGGCAGAUAAAUGGAUUAGCCAGAGAACUACACCUAAUUCCAGUGAAUGAAUGUUUUUCUUUACUAUGCUGCUUAUAUUCAACUGUCAUUGCCGUAUUAUAGAGGAAAUGUAAAUAGUGAAGGGAGUAGUCAAUAUUAUAUUUUUGAACAAUGUUCAUAUUCUGCAGAUCCUAUUUCAGGCUUUCCUGCUUUCUGCACCUCAUCUUUCUUAAUUAUAGAUGAAUAAAUGACCUGAAGAAUUUUCAGAUACGAAAUAAAAA